AUGCAGCAACUCUCUAGCGGGAAAUUAUCUGGAUCAGACGCCAUCCCUGCGAAGUGUUACAACGACGGCAGUUCCCAAUUUAUGAGUUGCCCCACAAGGCUCUUCCAGGUGGUGCGUAGCCAAGGACGAGUCCUGCAGGAUUCCAAGGACGCCACGAUCCUCCACUACUACAAGCUUUGUGACAAUCACCGAGGAAUCUCGUUUUUCAACAUCACCGGCAAAAUCUUCUCCUUGAUCGUCUCAAUACCCAUCUGGAACGAGGACUCCUGUCGGAAAGCCGGUGCGGCUUUCGCCCUACAGGAUAAGGGUCAGGAGAUGCGAACUCACCGCUACACAAUCUUUGUGGAUCUGAUGAAAGCCUUCAACAUGGUGAGUCGCGACGGACUAUGGAAAGUCAUGCAGAAAUUCGGCUGUGCUGUGCGGUUCACUCACAUGGUGCGUCAGCUCCAGGUCGGGAUUGUGGCGCGCAUCACUGACAACGGGUCAGUAUCCAAAGCUUUUGCAAUGACCGACGGAGUGAGGCCGGGCUGCGUCCUCGCGCCUACUUCAUUCAGUCUAAUGUCCUCUUCCGUGCUAAUGGACGCCUACCGUGAUAAGAGUUAUGGGAUCUGA